UUUUCCAAUUUAACUAAUACUUUCCUGUGUGGAACUGUAUCAAAUGCCUUACUGAAAUCCAGGUAGAUUAGAUCUACUGCAUUUUCUUUGUCUAAAAAAUCAGUUAUCUUCUCAAUAUAACUUCUCAUGGUCUGGCACGCUCUACCUUUUGUAAAACCAUGUAUUUUAUCCAAAUUACCAUUCAUCUCUAUGUCCUUAACUACUUUCUCUUUCAAAAUUUGUUCCAAGACCUUGCAUACAAUUGUGAUCAAACUAACAGGCCUGUAGUUUCCUGGAUCACUUUUUUCCCCUUUCUUAAAAAUAGGAACUAUAUUAGCAAUUGUCCAGCCAUAGGGUAUGAACCCCAAGUUUAGAUUAAUUAAAAAUCCUUGUUAUUGGGCUUGCAAUUUCAUGUCCCAGUUCCUUUAAUACUCUUGGAUGGAGAUUAUCUUCUCCCGUCCCACCCCGCCGAUUUAGUCCCAUUAAGCUGUUUGAGUCUGACUUCCACCUUGGAUGUGGUAAUUUCUACCUCCGUAUCCUCAUUGCCAUUAGCCACCCUGCCACCACCCCAAUCUCUUCAUAAGGGGGUGUUAUCCUAGUGGCGAGUUAGCCUGCAUAUUAAAGGUCUGAGGUAUGAAGGAGUCUCAGGGGUAGCUGAGUCCAUGGAAGAAAAAACGGUUACUAACCUUUUGUAACUGUUGUUCUUUGAGAAGUGCUGUUCAUGUCCAUUCCAUAGGUGUGUGCACGCCGUGUGCACUGUGGCCGGAAGUUUUUCCCUUAGUAGUAUCUGUUGGGCUGGCUCUAGCACCCUUUGGAGCCAUGCGCAUAUGCGCUGGUAUAAGGGGUGCUGCUGGCUCCACAACAGCCUCUCAGUUCCUUCUUGCCGGUAACUCGGACAGAGUGGUAGAAGGGCGGGUCAUGGAAUGGACAUGAGCAGCACAUCUCGAAGAACAACAGUUAACAAAAGAUUAGUAACUGUUUUUCCUUCUUCGAGUGCUUGCCCAUGUCCAUUCCAUGCUAGGUGACUCACAAGCAGUACCUCAUGAGGUGGGCUCAGAGUUCAUGGACUUGCUGAGUUCAACACUGCUCUCCUAAAAUGGGCAUUGUCACAGGCCUGUUGGAUGAUGGCCUAGUGGGAUGCAAAGGUAUGGGCCGACGACCAGGUCACAGCUCUGCAGAUGUCCUGGAUUGGGACCUGUAUGAGGAAGGCUGCUGACGAAGCCGGGGCUCUUGUGGAAUGAGCAGUCGCAGUGGCUGGCAGUAGGACGUUGGCCUGUUCAUAGCAAGCCCAAAUACAGGCAGUUAUCCAGGACGAGAUUCUCUGGGUUGACAGAGGUAGCCCUCCCAUUCUUUCUGCUAUUGCUACAAAAAGUUAUGUGCACUUGCGGAAGGGCUUAGUCCUCUCAACAUAAAAGGCGAGGGCCCGCCUAACAUCCAACAUAUGAAGCCGACAUUCCUCAGAGGUCUUGUGAGGUUUUGGGAAGAAGACAGUAGAAAAAUGACCUAGUUGGUGUGGAAUUGUGACACCACCUUUGGCAGGAAGGCCGGAUGGUGGCGCAAUUGGAUCUUGUCCUUGAAGAACACAGUGUAAGGUGGCUCUGACGUAAGGGCCCUGAUCUCAGAGACCCUUCUGGCUGAGGUUAUCACGAGCAGAAAGGCGACCUUCCAGGGGAGAAGUAGCAGGGAGCACAAUGCUAACGGCUUGAAGUGGGGGACCCAUAAGCCUCAACAGGACCAGGUUUAAGUCCCAUGGCGGGCCAGUUCACGAAUCUGAGGAUAGUCUUUCCAAACUCUUGAGAAACUGGAUGGUUACUCCGUGGGAGAACACGGCUCUGCCAUUCACUGGGGGGAUGGAAGGCUGAGAUGGCUAAUAGAUGAGAGGGCCACACCUUGCUGCUUUAGGUGGAGCAAAGAGUCCAAGAUAGACUGAAGAGAAGACUGGGCGGGAGAGAGAUCCUGUUCGGAGGCCCAACAAGUGAAACAUUUCCACUUGGCCAAGUAGGUAGCCCUGAUGGAAGACUUUCUACUACCUAGCCAAGAUCUGCCAAACCUGUUCCGAGCAGGCCUGUUCUUCAGGGUUCAGUCAUGCAGCAUCCAUGCAGUUAAGUGCAGGGAGGUUCGGUUCGCAUGAAGCAACUGGCCGUGGAAAUUGUGAAAUCAAGUCUGGGCAGGUGGAGCUAUCACCAAGAAGUCCAAAAGUGUACCGAACCAAUGUUGCACGGCCACACCAGUGCUAUCAGGAUAACUCUUGCCUUGUCCUGUGUGAAUUUUAGGAGAACCUUGUGAACCAAGGCAAUCAUUGUAAAGGUGUACAGUAGGUGGCCUGCCCACAAGAGAAGGAAGGCGUCAGAGAGGGAGCCUAUACUGUGCCCGUGCAGUGAACAGAACUGAUGCCAUUUUCUGUUCUGCCUGGUGGUGAAUAGGUUCAUGUGGGGAGGCCCCCACUUUUGGAAGAUGACACUGAUGACCUCCAGAUGAAGAGACUACUUGUUGUAGAGGAAAAGGAUCUUCUGAGGUGACCUGCCAAUAUGGACGGAGAUGAGACGCCUUGAGAUGAAUGGAGUGUCUCGCACAGAAAUCCCCAUAGAGUGAUGGCCUCCUAACACUGGGCAGAGGAUCAGGCCUCUCCUUGCUUGUUGAUAUAGAACAUGGCUGCAGUAUUGUCUGUCAGGACUUGAACCACCUUGCCUGAGACCUGGGGAAGGAAUAAUAGCAAGCCAGAUGUACUGCCCUGAGCUCCCUGAUGCUUAUGUGCAGGGGCUCCUCUCUUGGAGCUGCCGAGAACCAAGGAGGCUGCUGGAGCCUGAAGCGCUUUCUGGAAGCAGGUGGGCAUACAGGCCUAAAGGUCGUAGAGUGGCCCUCGAGUCCCUCAGUCCAUCAAGUCUCAUGUCUGUCUGCUCCGAGAAUAGGGAGGAGCCUUCAAAUGGGAGGUCCUGGAUGGACUCUUGGACCCUGUGGGGAAGGCCAGAGGACUGGAGCCAGGAACUGCGCCUCAUGGUGACCACGGAGGCCGUUGUCCAGGCCGCCAAGUCAGCAACCUCCAGAGCUGCCAAGAUCCUGGCCGAGUUUUUACCCUCUUCUAAGAGCACGGUGAACUCCUAGACUCUCGACUCUUGGAGCAGGGAGUCUUUCAAUUUAUUCAGGGAGUCCCAGAGAACAAAAUCACAUCUCCCCAGCAGAGCCUGAUGAUUGGCAACACACAGUUGGAGGCUACCCAUGGAAUAAACCUUUCUUCCAAAGAGUCCGGUUUCUUAGCAUCUUUUUGUUGCAGGGUAGCACUCAACUGGCCUUGCUUCUCCCUUUCGUUCGCUACAGACCCCACCAGUACAGGUAAUUGAACCUGCUUGCUGGCACAUACUACUUCUUCUGUGCCCUCUUGAAGUGGGGGCCAGAGAAGGAGUCUGCCAUAGGGCCUGGACUGGCCCCGUCACUGCCUCAUUGAUGGGCAGGGCAAUCUUGGAUGGAGCUGCUGCAGCCAAGAUAUCAAUAAGGCUGGGCGAUGUAUCUUUGAGCUCCUCAAUUUCCAAACCAAGGUUUGAAGUGAUCCACUUCAGAAGAUCCUGGUGGGCCUUGAAAUUGCCCUGGGGAAGUAGGCUGCUGGGACCCACAAGGGAAAAAUCUCCAGCAACAGUGCAUGCGGCGGGCACACACCUAGCAUGGAAUGGACAUGAGCAAGCACUCAAAAGGAGAAUAUUUGGGGGGGGGAGAGUUCCCCCAAGUUUGCCUGGCAGGGGACCCACUGUUAGCCCCCCUGCCUCCUCCCAAGUAUGUAAAGCCAAGACACACACUAUCAUCCUUCUGUACAGCGGUGAGGAUCCCUAUAACCACAACACACACACACUCACUGCCUUCUCUCACAGCAAGGGUCCAUACAGCCAGAACACACAAACACACUCGCCCGUGUCUCAAGGCGAGGGUCCAUACAGCCAGAACACACGAACACAUUCACCCUAGUGUCUCACAGUGAGGGUCCAUACAAUUAGAACACACAUAUACAUUCCCUGUCAUGUGUGUCGGUGAGGGUCCCCCCUACACACACUCAUGUCUCCCUGCAAGGACCCCUAUAGCCAGGAAACACAUAUACUGACCCUCUUAUCUCACAGCGAGGGUUCUGGAAGCCAGAUCGCACACACAUACAUACACAUACACACACAGACCCUUGUAUUUCCCAGUGAGGAUCCAUAUAUCCAGAACAGCCACACACUCACCCUCACGUCCCACAAUGAGGAUCCCUAUAGCCAGAACACACACACACACACUCACUCACCCUUAUGUCUCAAAAUGAGGGUUCCUACAGCCAGAGCAUACACACUCUCAUGUCCCAUGGCGAGGGUCCCUAUAGCCAGAACAUACACACAUGCACACAUACACACACACUCACCAUAGUAUCUUGCGGCUAGGGUAGGGUCCCUAUAGUCAUAACACACACAUACUCUUGCCCUCAUGUGUCUCGGUGAGGAUCUAAUAUCCGGAACACACAUACACACACACUAGUGUCCCGCACUGAGGGUCCCAAUAGCCAAAACACACACACACCUGCCCUUGUGUCCCACAGCAAGGAUCCCUAUAGUGAGAAGAUACACACUCGACCUCAUGUCUUGCAGCAAGGAUCCCUUUAGCCAGAACACACAUGCACACCCUUGUGUAUUGUGGUGACAGUCCUUAUAGCCAGAACACACGCUCAACAUAGUAUCUUACAGCAAGGGUUCCUAUACUCAGAACAUACACAUACACUAGCCCUUUUGCGUGUCGGUGAGAGUCUAUAUAUCCAGAACAGAACACAAACACACUAAACCUCAUGUCUUGUGACAAGGGUCCCUAUAGCUAGAACACUCACUCACCCUUAUGUCCCAUGGUGAGGGUCCCUAUAGCCAAAACAUACAUACACACACACACACACACACACACAGGCCCUCAUGUCUCUCAGCGAGAGUCCAUAUAUCCAGAACACAUACACACACACACUCGUCUCUCACAACAAGGGUCCCUAGAGCCAGAACAAUCACACACUCACCCUUAUGUCUCACAGCAAGGAUGCCUAUGGCCUAAACACCCACCCCAUCUUCUGUCACGGCAAGGGUCCCUAUAGCCAAAAUACAUACACAUUAGUCCUCGUGUAUCACGGCAAGGGUCCAUAUAGCCAGACCACACCCACUCCCACACUCACCCUCUUGUCUCACAGCAAGGGUCCCUAUAGUCAGAACACACACGCACACGCUCGCCGUAGUAUCUUGCGGCAAGGGGCCCUACAGUCAUUCACCCUCAUGUGUGUCAGUGAGAGUCUGUAUAGUCAGAACACACACACUCAGUCAUCCUCAUGUCUCGCGGCACACACACACACACACACACACACACACACACACACUCACUCGUGCCUCAUGGCAAGGAUUCAUAUAGCCGGAAAACACACACACUCACCCUUGAGUCUCACAGCAAGAGCCCCUAUAGCCAGAACACACAUGUGUACUUGCUCUUGUGUUUCAUGUGAAGGGUCCAUAUACACAGAACACACACACAUAUUUGCCCUCAUGUUUUACAGUGCGCACACACACAGACACACGCUCGCCCUCAAGUGUUAUGGGAAGGGUCCCUAUAGCCAGCACACACACAAACACUUGCUCUCAUGUGUGUCGGUGAGGGUUCAUAUAUCCAGAACACACACACACACACAUCUCAUGGCAAGAGUCACCUAUAACCAUAUCGCACACACAUCACCCUCUUCUCUCGCAGCAAUGGUCCCUAUAACUAGAACACACACAUGCACUCAUCCUGAUGUUUCACACAAAAGGUCCAUAUAUAAAGAACACACACUCGCCCUCAUGUUUUACAGCAUGCACACACAAUCACUCAUCUUCGAACCUCAUGGCAAAGGUCCCCAUAGACAGAACACACAAUCUUGUCUGCCAGCAGCAUUCCUAUAGGAGGAACCCAUACACGGUCACCCUCGUUUCUUGUGGCAAGGGUCCCUAUAACUAGAAUGCACACUUGCCAUCCUGUCUUAUCUGAGGGGUCCAUAUAUCCAGAGACUCGCCCUCGAGUCUCAGAGUGAGUGUCCUAUAGCUGAAACACACACUCGCCACAGUAUCAUCCUGCGAGGGUCCCUAUACUCAGAACAUACACAUUGUGACAAAGUUCCUCCUACACCUUGGUGGGUCUUGCACUUAUUGGUGGAUUUGCUCGCCUUGGAGCUUCACGGCAGCCAUCAGCUUGGCCGUUUUUCUGAAUUCACAGUCCA